AUGGCCGGGAGAAGGUGUGCCUGGCGCGCCGCCUGCGCCUGUGGUGCAGGGCUUUUGGCCUCGAUCGGAUGUACAGCUUUGCCUUUCGUUGACAGAAUGACACGCUCAACACGUUCGCCAUUCAGGACACGGCAAGGUGCAUAUGCUGAAUUGCUGCACAAGGGCAACAGCAUUCUGUCUGGAAAGAAUAAGUGGCUGGGAGGCGUUGAAGGCUUGGACAAGAACAUUUAUUGCAUUCCAUGCAACAAGAACUCGGUACUCCAGAUUUCCACCGACACGGGCGAGAUUUCGACCUUUGGAAGUACUGCAGAGGGGCGCUUUAAAUGGUCUCGCGGAGUGAUGGCCAACGGAAAGAUCUACGGAAUCCCUGCUGCUGCUGAAUCGGUUUUGAAGAUUGUGCCCAGCAGCAAGGAAGUUGUGGCGGUGGGUUCUGUUCCCACUGGGACGUGGAAGUGGCACGGUGCUGCAGUCGCUCCUGAUGGGUCUAUCUACUGCAUACCUGCUAACGCAGACAGAGUGCUACGGAUUGAUCCCAAGAGCGAUCAGAUUGAAUUGGUGGGAGACUCUUUUCCUGGACGUUGGAAGUGGUACGGAGGCAUCCUCGCAGGGGAUGGAUGUAUCUAUGGAAUUCCCUACUGUGCAGCAUCUGUGCUCAAGAUCGACCCUGCAACAGGCCAAGUCUCCACAAUUGGUGAACUGCCAGACGGCCGCUGGAAAUGGCAUGGGGGUUCCCUGGGAACUGAUGGUGCUAUCUAUGGAAUUCCUGCACAUGCAGAGAGCGUUCUGACAAUUCGACCUGAAACUGGAGAAGUGAAGUGCAUAGGAGGGCCGAUCUUCGGCAAGUACAAAUGGCUUGGAGCGGUUUUGGGAUGCGAUGGGUGCCUCUACGGGAUCCCGUACAACGCGCCAAAGAUCCUCAAGAUUUCACCCUUCAAUGAGGAUGUGGACCUUGUAGAUGUUCCGAUCAAAGGUCCCAAUAUGUGGCAAGGUGGAGUUCGUGGCAAUGAUGGUGCACUUUAUUUCAUUCCGCGCCAGGCCAAGCAGGUGCUGCGUGUGUCUUCUGAUGGUCAAAGCAUAGCCGCAGUCCCUGGUGAGGAAUUGCACGGCUGGAACAAAUUUCAAGGUGCUGUUCUGGCCAGAGACGGGUGCAUCUACGGAGUCCCGCAAGAUUUUGAUGCUGUGCUCAAGAUCCAACCAGAUCGAACCUGA